UAAUUCAAAUAAAUCAAAUAAUUUUAUUUGGAUAUUGAUAAUUUUGGUAGAAAAAUCUAGAAACAACAAUAUGGAGAGUGAGAAGUCCUCUAACCAAGAUGAAAGUGUGGGUAAAGAAGAAGAAAUUGAAAAUUCAGACGAAAAUGAAAGCAUACCAUCUUGUCCUUACAAAAAAAUCAAAUUGGAUGAUACUUUUGACAAUGGAAGUGCCGAAACCGUCACUGCAAUUGAGGGUCUUAAAGACAAUAGCUCAUGUGGUGACAAUGGAGGCAUUCAACAUGACACAAAUAUGGAAUGUGAAAUUUUAGAUGAGAAUGGGGAAGGAGAAUCAGAAAAUGGAGGUUCUGAUUCUGAAAAUGGAUUCGAAUCUGAUGGCGAAGAAAACUAUGAAGAGAUUGAGUCACUUCUCGAUCAAGCCUUACCGGAAGAGCUGAAGAACAAGAAAAAGAAUUAUGAAGAGAGAUUUAAGAUUGUUAUGGAAGAGAAAGGCAAAAAUCACUUUGAAGUUUUACCCGAAGGUUGGGUUCAAGUUACUCAUGACAGUGGAAUGCCUUUGUAUUUACAUCGUCAUUCGAGAGUUUGUUCCUUAUCUCGUCCUUAUUUUUUGGGUCCGGGUUCUGUUCGUAAGCAUGAGAUUCCUAUCAGUUCCAUUCCCUGUUUAAACUACCAAAGAGCUGUUGAAAAAGAAAAAGAAAUGAUUGAACAGCAGCGACUACUUAAAGAGCAACAAGAGAAAGAAACAGCAAGACUGGAAGCAGAGGCUACUCAAGUUCCAAGUGGUCUCAGUGCUAUGCUUAAUCUCAAUAAUAAAUCGAUUGAUCCAUCGCUACUUAAAAGUCUUCUUCCUCCAAUCCCAAAUGCAAAAGUCGAAACUGUGUCGGAAAAUCUCAAAACUCAUUCUUUGACACCUAAUCAGUUCACUGAAUAUUGCAAGAAAAAGUUUCAUUUUAAAACUAUUCGAGAUGGGACAAAGUUGAUAACAUUCCCAGUACUUAGCACUGAAACUCAAGAUCCAAACUCGUCAACGCCAACCACACAGAGUAGACCAAGAAGAGCUGAGUGGAUAAUGAAUCCAAAUGGAAAGUCUUUUGUUUGUAUCUUACAUGAAUAUGUUCAGCAUGCUUGGAAGAAACAACCUUCGUAUGAGUUUAAAGAGUUGGAAAAUUCUGCGACUCCUUAUUCAGCAACAGUUUCAAUCAACAAUCUUAAAUAUGGAACUGGUUAUGGAACAAGCAAGAAACAAGCAAAAAGUGAAGCAGCUCGUGAAACUUUGGAAGUUUUAAUUCCUGAAAUGCGUGAGAAGAUCAGUGGACUUGACAAGAAUCAGGGAACGUCAGGAAAUUCGGCGUCUAUCAACAAACAAUCAUCUCAGGAUCUUUCAGUUUUUGAUGAGAUUCGCAUUGAAGAUCCUCGUGUGCCUGAGUUUUGUCAGAAAACCACUGAGCCAAGCCCUCACAGCAUCUUGUUGACUUGCCUUCAAAGAAAUUACGGCUUUGGGAAUAUUCAAGUUAAGUAUGAAGUCAAUACAGCUAAACAUAAGAAAAAUGAGUUCACAAUGACAGUCGGAAGUCACACGACCAAAGUUUACUGCAAGAACAAACGUGAUGGGAAGCAGCGAGCAAGUCAAGCAAUUCUUCAGGUUCUUCAUCCUCACAUCAAUACUUGGGGAAGUCUAUUGAGACUUUAUGGCAAUCGCUCAGUUAAGAGUUUCAAGGAAAAGAAGCAAGAAGAACAAGAAAUCACAGUUCUUCAAAAUCAAGCCGUUCAAAACCAGCCAAACUAUGCCAUCUUAGAAAAACUUAAGACAGAAAUGAUCAAAUUAAAGGAGAUUAAAAACUCACAAGGAAAUGAAAGUAAAAUUAGUGAAAUGUCUUCGCUUUCCUCAACAAAUAUCUCAACGAUAUCUAAUCUUUAUUAAGAAAUUGUUUAAUAUUUCAUUUUGGUUUAAUAAUAAACAAGCAAAUUAUAAUUAUGAAGAAAAAGUUUUCAGUUAAAGUCAACAGCAAUCGAAUAAAGUGAAUAAUUCAAAUUCAUUUAUUUUUUCUUAAAUUAAAAUUAUCAUUUUAAUGAGAAGGAAUUUAGGAAUUUAGCCAAUGAAUAAAAUUCGACGAAGAUGAAAAUUAAAAAAAAAUAUGGCCAAACCUUAUUUCUUUCUUUAUCAGUCUCUUAUUAAUUUUAAAAUGAACGUCUCAACAGCUUGAAAAAUUAUUUUAAAAACUCAAUUACGAGGACGCAAAACUCUUUUUGGUGGCAAAACUCUUUUUGGUGCCACAUCAUCUUCAGAGUUGGGCGAUCCAAGAAUUU